AUGUCUACCGUGAGCACCGCUGUGAGCCCUCAAGCCAAAAUGCGCCAGGCAACAAAGAGAUCAUACCGCUUAGAAGGAAGCACCCCCUCCAAUGAAGACGAAGAAAUCACUUUCGAGUUCGGCGGCGCCCCUGGAGUGGCACUCCUGAUGAUCGGCUUCCCGCUCCUGAUGUACUACAUGUACAUUGGAGCGACAUUCUAUGACGGCCACCUCCCUCUGCCAGGCCCCGGAGAGUCGCUUUCUGAGUUCGCCUCCCACCUCUUCAACCUCGCUUACACGCACGCCUUCCCCCACCGCAAAGCCUGGGCCAUCUACUGGACGUUUCUCGUGCUCGAAGGAGUCGGAUACCUUUACCUGCCCGGAGUAUACGGCAAGGGGAAGUGCCUGCCCCACCUGAAUGGCAGACAGCUCGACUAUUAUUGCUCGGCCGCUGCGUCGUGGUAUGUCACCAUUGGAGCUGCGUUAGCCUUGCACUUCACCGGCCUCUUCCCGCUGAGCACCCUCGUCACCGAGUUCGGGUCCUUGAUGUCCGUCGCCAUAUGCUCGGGGUUCCUAGUCUCCAUUGCCGCGUACGCUUCUGCUCUGGCGAGAGGUGCUCAGCACCGCAUGACGGGCUCGCAUGUGUAUGAUUUCUUCAUGGGUGCGGAGCUGAAUCCCCGUCUGUUCCGAUGGAUCGACAUGAAGAUGUUCUUCGAGGUCCGCAUUCCAUGGUACAUCCUGUUUUUGUUGACACUGGGUACGGCUUUGAAGCAAUGGGAAGAGCUCGGGUUUGUUUCGGGCGAGGUUGCUUUCUUGCUCAUGGCCCACUUCUUGUAUGCGAAUGCCUGCGCGAAAGGCGAAGAGUUGAUCAUCACUAGCUGGGAUAUGUAUUACGAGAAAUGGGGUUUCAUGCUCAUUUUCUGGAACCUCGCUGGCGUGCCCAUGAGCUACUGCCACUGCACCCUGUAUCUGGCGAACCACGACCCAGCAGUGUAUCGGUGGAACCCAGUGAUUCUGGCUGCCUGGGCCGUUCUCUAUCUGUUCAUGUACUGGGUCUGGGAUACGUGCAACAGCCAGAAGAAUAUCUUUCGUGCUCAAGAGAGAGGCGUUUCUGUAACACGCAAGACAUUCCCCCAGCUUCCAUGGAGGUCUGUGAAGAACCCAGAGUCAAUUCCGACUAAGACUGGUGAUUCCAUUUUGUGCAGCGGUUGGUAUGGCAUGGCCCGAAAGGUCCAUUACACAUGCGACUGGUUUUUCGCUUUCUCGUGGGGAUUGAUCACCGGUUUCAAGUCGCCAUUCCCAUGGUUUUACUCGAUCUUUUUCACAGUGAUGAUCAUUCACCGUGCUCGCCGCGAUAUUGAACGCUGCCGCGAGAGGUACGGAGAGGCCUGGCUUGAGUACGAACGACGGGUUCCGAAUCUGUUCAUCCCGGUAAGUCGUCCAGUCAGGAUUUGA